AUGAAAGAGAAAGGCAUGCCUAUAUUUGUAUACAAUAUCGAUGAGACAUCUAACAAAUCCUUAGAACAAAUGAAAGGUAAUAAGUAUUCACCAGAUGCCCCAUUUAGAUUACUGAUAUGUGGAGGCUCCCAUAGCAGAAAAACUAAUAUAGUUAUAAAUCUUAUACUUGGUAACAAACUACAAUGUAUGUUCAAAGAGAAAAAAGUUGUUGUGUUCGAGGAUUUAUAUGCUAAACCAAAGAAAGUACAAAAACAAAUUAUUCUGUACUUCAUUAGUGGCCAGCAUCAAAAUAUCUCACCCAUAUAUGUGAGCCAAAAAUAUACACAAACUUCUAAAAUUAUCUGCGAAAAUUUGAGCCAUCUUGCAUUAUUUAACAAUGGAGGAUCCCGAGAAGACAUUUAUAGAAUCAUGCGACAAUAUACAGAUAAUCCAAAAAAAGCAUCCAAAAUUAUUGAUAAAUAUUUGCAGGAUCAAGAUUUCGUG